AAUGAAUACAACAGCAAUACUAUAGCUAGUCGAUCGAUCUCCAGCUCCUACCGCAUGCAUGCAUGUGCAUUAUCGAUCAUAAUUAGCAGGAAGCAUAUGCAUGCAUGCAUGAGCUGAUCAGAGGAAGACAACGACGAAAGAGAAGAAGAAGAAGCUAAUUAAGCUAGCAUCGUGGAUGGGUUUCAAUCCGCCGGUGCCGCAGAAUGACAGCGACUGGGAGAUCCGGGUGGCUGUGCUGCUCAGCCUCACCCUCCAGAUUCUCCUCAUCUUCGUGGGGCCCAUGCGCAAGCGCUCCUCCCACCCUGUCCCGCGCUUCGCCGUCUGGUCGUGCUACCUCCUCGCCGACUGGGUCGCCGACCUCGGCCUCGGCCUCCUCCUCAACAACCUCGGCAACAUCAGCGGCGGCAACGGAUCCUCCUCCUCCUCUAGCAGCAGCAGCAUCAGCCACCUCUCGGCCGGUGUCGGCGGCUUCAAGCGUGGGCCCGGCGGCGGCAGCACCAACAACACAUCCUCCGGCGGCGGCAGCCCGCCCAUCUUCGCCUUCUGGACUCCAUUCCUGCUGCUCCACCUGGGCGGCCCGGACACCAUCACCGCCUACUCCCUCGAGGACAACGAGCUCUGGCUCCGCCACUUGAUUGGCUUGCUCUUCGAGCUCUUCUCCGCCUUUGUCGUCUUCUCCUGCUCCGUCAAGUCCAACCCCAUGGUCCCGGCCACCGCCCUCAUCUUCCUCGUCGGCAUCAUCAAGUACGGCGAGCGCACCUACUCGCUCUACUCCGGCAGCGUCUCCGGCUUCCGCGACAAGAUCCUCGGCGAACCCAACCCUGGGCCAAACUACGCCAAGCUCAUGACGGAGUUCGACUCCAAGAAGAAAGCCGGACUGCUGGUGGAGAUCACCAUCGCGGACGGCGAGGCCAGCAAGGCGAAGGAGGCGCUGGAGGAGGGCGAGGAGGUUCGGCUGGUGAAGGAGAGCAACAAGAGCCUGGAGGCGAUGGCGUACGACUUCUUCACCAUGUUCCGGCUGCUCUUCGUCAACCUCAUCCUCAGCUACAAGGAGAGGAGGAUCAGCCAGGCCUACUUCCUGGACCGCCACGACAUGACGGCGGGCAAGGCGUUCGAGGUGGUGGAGGUGGAGCUCAACUUCAUCUACGACAUGGUGUACACCAAGGCGCCCGUGUCCCACAGCUCGGCAGGCUGCGUCCUCCGCUGCGUCGGCACCGCCUGCCUCGUCAUCGCCAUCCUCCUCUUCGCGCUCCUCGACAAGACCGCCAUCCUCCCCGUGGACCGUGCCAUCACCUACGCGCUGCUGCUCGGCGGGCUGGCGCUCGACGUGGCCGCCAUCCUCAUGCUCCUCUGCUCCAACCGGAUGAUCGUCUUCCUCGAAGCCAAGCACAUGGCGUGGCUUUCCCGGGUGGCCAGGGCCGUGCGGCUGCAGCCAAGGCGGUGGUCGGAGCGGACCUCGCAGCUGAACUUCAUCUGCUACUGCCUAGGCAAGCCCAAGGAGCAGGAGGGUCGCCGCCGCCAGUGCUGCAGGCGGGAGACGAUCCCGCCGAGUGUGAUGCGGUUCCUCAUCUGGGUCGCCGACAAGGUGAGCGUCAGGGAGACCUUGGACGACUUCUUCUUCAUCCAGCGCAAGCCGGUGAGCUGCAGUCACAUCGACAACAACAACAACAAGAUGAAUCACUUGUGCUGCUGGCACAAGGAGGAGAAGCCGCACGUCGACGUGCUCACGUAUGUCUUCGAUAGGCUUAAGAAGGAGGCCCAAAAAUUCAAGGGCUCCACGGACUACGACUUGAUGAAGAAGCUGUGCGGCUACCGCGGCCAGGGGACCCUCAGGGAUGACGAGGAGCUUGUCAGAGACAUCCAGAUGGAGCUGACCAAGGCAACACGAGAGGCGGAGCUCAACAAGAAGGAUAAUAGCUCAUCAACCAACAAGGAGGAGGAGAUGGACGAGUCCGAGUACUUGGUCGAGAAGAUGGUGAAGGAGAAGCUGGAUGGCGUCCUGCGGAACAGCAUCGAGAGGGAGUUCGACGAGUCGCUGCUGCUAUGGCACAUCGCCACUGACCUAUGCUGUCACCGAGAGCGGGAAGGGCCUCGGAUGCACGACACCAACGGCUUGAUGUCCAUCAGCGAGACCCUGUCGGAGUACAUGCUCUACCUCCUCGUCAGGCAACCGGAGAUGCUGUCGGCCACCGCCGGCAUCGGCCUACUCCGCUACCGGGACACGUGCGCCGAGGCGCGCCGCUUCUUCAAGUCGGCGGAGGCGUGGGACCCCAACCACGACGACGCCCGCCGGAUGCUGCUUUCCGUCAACACGUCCAAGAAGCCGGCCGAUGUGAAGGGCGACCGGAGCAAAUCUGUGCUGUUCGACGCCUGCAUCCUGGCCAAGGUGCUCCUCCAGCUCCACGACGACACCAUGUGGAGGGUGGUGGCCGGAGUUUGGAGGGAGAUGCUCACGUACGCGGCCGGCAAGUGCCAUGGGAGCACGCACGUGCGGCAGCUCAGCCGCGGCGGCGAGCUCAUCACCUUGGUCUGGUUUCUCAUGGCGCACAUGGGGAUGGGAGACAUGUACCGGAUCAAUGAGGGGGACGCCAAGGCCAAGCUCAUCGUCCACGACCAGUAGCCCCACCACAUCCAUCUCCCUACAUGCAUUAAUAUUUAUCUCAUCCUUCAAUUCGCUAGCUCUCAUACAUAUACAAGUAUAAUACAUCCAUGCAUACUAUAUACUUCCUCCAUACCAAAA